ACUGCGACCCCGCCCGAGAGAGUUAUCGGAAGGGGCAAGCGCGCUGCACUGCAUCCGAGAUGGCGGAGCAGCGGUAGCGACAGUGGACGGCCGGCCGCACUAUCUGGAGCGUGCUCGACCGCGUCUCCAAGGAGAGAAGAUUAGGCGCUCCGUAAACGGGGGGACCCUCAACGUGUUCGGGGAGGCGCUUGCUGCUGAGAAACCGGUCGUACAACAUUAAUAGCCUCGACCAUGGACUCCGACGGUGUGGUACGCGAGCCUGGAUACCGGCCAGGAAGGACUGGUUUGAACGGCGCCGAGUUUCACUUCGACGUGGACCGCGUGGACAUGGAAGAGGAGCGGCCUCCCAUGUGGGGGUGGAGGAAGAUCCUGGCGGUGAGCGUCCUGGCUGUGCUACUGCUGGUGUCCACCUUUCUCGGGGGCUACUUCCACGGGCUGCACUCGGCCAGGGGCAACCGGGAUGCGGCGGCUAACAUUUCCCAGGAGCUGUUUGACUCCGGAUGGCAGCGACUGCCGUGCAUAGGAGAAGACGAGACCUGUCCAGAAGGGUUCGGCGAGGCACCGCUGGUGCUCAUCUCCCUGGAUGGCUUUCGGGCCGACUACCUGGACCGGGGCCGCAACCCUUCUUUGGAGCGGCUAGGCCAGUGCGGCGUGCGGGCUCCCUUCAUGCGGCCCGUCUUCCCCACCAAGACGUUCCCUAACCAUUUCACCAUCGUAACGGGCCUGUGGCCGGAGUCCCAUGGCAUCGUGGACAACAAGAUGUACGACCCGGAAUUCAAGACACUCUUCUCGCUGGGCAACAAGGAGGCGGGCAAAUCCCGUUGGUGGCAGGCGGAACCGAUUUGGGUGACCACGGAGAAGCAGGGCAAGCGAGCCGCCACCUUCUUUUGGCCGGGCUCGGACGUGGACAUUGGCGGCACACGGCCCAGUCACUUUUUCAAGUACAACGAGAAGAUGCCGUGGCAGAGUCGGGUGGAGGUGUUGCUGGCGUGGCUGGACCUCCCCGCUGAGCGGCGUCCGGCGUUCCUCAGCCUGUACGUGAACGAACCCGACAGCGCCGGUCACGACCACGGCCCUCACUCGGACGAAGUGGACGAGGCCCUGGAUCUGCUGGAAAUCAUGCUCGACCGACUUCUGGCGGGACUCCAGGAGCGCCGUCUACUGGGAUGCGUCAACUUGCUCAUCGUCUCCGAUCACGGUAUGGCGAGCACCAGUUGCGACCAAGUGAUCGCCCUGGAAAAGUUCGCUGACCUGGCCGGCUUCUACUCGCUGGUGGGUCCGACGGCACGGCUCCGGCCCAAGACACCCGGCCCCGAGGCAGUGGCCCAGCUGGUGGACACGCUUCGCUGCCAGAACAGCCACCUUCUCGUCUACGCCAAGGAGCGACUGCCCAAGCGCUACCACUAUUCCUCCCACCGGCGCAUUGAGCCCGUCGUGUUGGACAUGGACUCCGGCUACCUGGUACUCAACAAGGCGGCUGACAAGACGGCCGCCUCUUGCGAGGGAGGUUCGCACGGAUACGACAACCUCGCUCCCGGGAUGCAGUCCAUCUUCGUUGCCCACGGACCGGCCUUCAAGCAGAACGUGACGGCCAGACCUUUCCGCAACAUCGAGCUGUACGAGCUAAUGGCCGAGCUCAUGUCCAUCGAGCCCCGUCCCAACAACGGCACACGAGGAUCCCUGCACUACCUGCUCCGGAGACCGGCUCCCUUACCUGAACCGCCGAAGCUGAGGACACCGGCGACUUGCGUGCCGCCGCCUGACACUCCCGCGGACGAAGACGACGGCUGCAUGUGCAAAGGCGACCCCGUCCUCUCGGCAGGUCCCGAGGCCCUUGCUCUGCACACGCCCUGGGGAGCCCCGUCCAGCCCCGAUGGCGACGAGGCAGACGAUGGUCCGCCGUGCCUGCUGGUCAACCACGACUACGUGACGGCAUUCGACAAGGCCCUGCGACUGCCUCUGUGGACAUCGUUCACGCUAAGUGGGAGGCACGACCGAUAUAUCGCCAACGCUUGCUGGGAGCGUGACGCCAGACUGGGCGGAGCAGACCUCAGCUGCCGCGAGUACGAUUCCCUGGCCAACCAAUCACUCAUCAAGGAGCCCUUGUUUCCUGCCGAGUUUGCGUCGUCCCGCUCCCACCAGUCGGCGGUGUGGCUGCACUCGAACGCGCUGCCCUUCUUCUCCAACCACUCGGCCGGGGUUCGGCGGGAACUGCUCCACCUGGUGCGGCUCUGGGAGGCCCAGUACGGAUCGCUGCACCUGGUCAUGGGGCCGGCCUUCGACCUGGACGGGAACGGUCUCAGGCCCGCACUCCACAAACUCAGGGCGUCGUCCUCCCAGCAGCCUCUCGUGGCCACGCAUAUCUUCUGCUUGGCCACCCGCUGCGUCGCACCGGGAGUCCCCGUGCACGAGUGUCCGGGCCCCCAGCUCGACGUGUCCGCGUUCUUGCUGCCGCACCUGCCGAGGCCCGAGAACUGCCAGCCCUGGGCCCAGUACCUGGUUCAGCACUCGGCCACGGUUUCAGACCUGGAGCUGCUCACGGGGCUCCGCUUCUUUGCAAGGCUACCAGUCUACGAGGCUAUCCGAAUGCGCACACAUAUACCGCAAGGACUCUGGCCUGCUGCCUGAAUCAUUCACCAUCAGCUACUGUUUGAUUAGAAGUCCCACAUAUCAGCGAUUCGUCAGCUGAAAAGUCAGAACGAGGACAGGGCGCGUUUAAAGGUAGCGAUCAAUACGAAAACUAUUCUCUUCUGUUUGUACGCUUUGCAGUGAAGUCAGGAGUUCCAAAGGGCGUUUAGUUUGUGCAUUUGUUUCCAAGAUAUAUUUGGUAUUGGGUUUGGGACGUUUAUGGCACUGUUGAGUUUUAGACACACAGAAAGGUAAAUCACAGUAAUAUAGUGAAUUAAUUAGCAAGUCCAUUUUCAUAACGAGUUGCAUUUAUAUUGCAGCUAGGUUACUUGGAAGAGUGAAGGAGUGAAUGAACAACUGUUGUUGCACACCAAGAGAAAGCUUAGACGCCACAAGUUCCUAUUUUACAUCUGCCGGUUUUGAUUUGAGCAGGAGAUAUGCCAGUGUUGAUAACGACCCAAGAGCUUUUGCUUGAAACAAUUGUAUGGUUAAAAGAGUUUGAAGCUUGUUAAUGGGAAACCUGCUUUGUAUAGGUCUUCAGGUCAUGAGCAUGCUUUCUAGAUCCUGCAAACUAUUGGUUUUGUUCUUAUUUUAGUUAUUUCAUAUAUUGCAGGCUUCGCUAGCACCCGGGCAGGUGUGCACAUAACACAAAUGAAACGACAUGGCAAAAGGUUGCGCACAUUCAAUACAAAAGUUCAGCAAUAAUAAAUAUAAGAAAAUUAAUUCAAACGGGUAAGUCUGUAAACUCAUUAAACUUUGACAAAAACGACGAUGGCGAUGAGCUGUCAUCAAUUUUUCUCGGCGGGCAAAUCUCUUUUGUGAUGAUUCUUGGAGAAGAGUAUCUAAAAUAUUAUUUUUAAUGCGGUGAUGUUUGUUUAAUCGCUCCACCGUGAUUAAACCGAGCAGUCUGACGUAAAACAGGGAGUGCGAAGAGUCAAUCUUUAAAUGUCCGUAAUAAAAUAAGUAAAAAAAAAAAAAAACUCGCGUAACAGAUGUUUCAGCAUGAUGUUAGUGAGUACAGUUCAAAUGAAUUUUUCAUCUGUAGCGGGCUGUCUAUCCAGCUGCAUCUGUUACAAAUAAAUCUUGCGGCUAGUCAUUGCA